CCAAAUUUUAGGCCCUAAAUAUAAUUAGCCCAACUUAAGUGGCCCAAAUUGUUCUCACUAUCAUCCAUUUGAUAUUUCAUACAGAUUUGUCUAUGAUUUGAUUUGCAUAAUACAGAUAUUUUCUCCAUUUGAUUAUUAUUUGCUUUCUCAGUCUUUGAAGACAAUGAUGCAGCACCAAAAUCCUGUCGAAGACGCGUUUCAUAUACGCAAACUGGAGAUUUCGGACAAAGAAAAGGGCUUUAUCGAAUUGCUGAGACAAUUGACUGUGUGUGAUUCUGUAUCUGAUGAGAAAUUCAACGAAAGAUUUGAAGAAAUCGCGAAUUAUGGCGAUGAUCAUCGUAUUUGUGUGAUCGAAGAUGUACGAUCGGGGAAGAUUGUUGCGACCGGAAGUGUGUUUAUUGAGAAGAAGUUUGUGAGGAAUUGUGGUAAAGCUGGACAUAUCGAGGACGUUGUGGUUGAUUCGAGUGCUCGUGGAUUGCAGUUAGGUAAGAGAAUCGUGGAGUAUCUUGCUGAUCAUGCUCAUUCGAUGGGGUGUUAUAAGGUAAUUCUUGAUUGCACCGAAGAGAAUAGACCUUUCUACGAGAAAUGUGGAUUCAAGAAGAAAGAAAUUCAGAUGGUUAAGUAUUUCGUUUGAUGAAUAGAGUUGUUGGCGAGUAUCCCAUGGAGUUAGUCGAGGUAUGCACAAGCUGUCCCAAACACUACGACUAAUUUUGUUAGAUUGGUUUAUCAAGUUUGGUUGUCAUUGUUCACCAGAUUAUCUGUUUUAUACUUGUAUGACUUGCGUCUACGCUAAUGCCAGUUUUUCUGCAACGAGCAUGAACAUGUUAUUUCUCUGA